AUGUCCGAUCUUCCAAGGGAGAUGGAGGAGGAGGUGCUCUCUAGGCUUCCGGUGACGUCUCUUAGAGACUUGCGAUCAACCUGCAAAACUUGGAACACUUUAACGAAAAGCGAGAGCUUUUUAAAUAGACACGUCUUUGAAGAAGAAGAAGAAGCACCAGCAAAGAAGAAGCGGAGGAAGUUGGUGAUGAUGCAGGAGCAUAGAGUUUACUUGAUGAACGUCGAUCUCCUCUAUCCAUCUAUAGAGCGUAUAGGUAAUCUCAACGCAGAUGGAAUCGACAUAUCUAAUAUCUUUCACUGCGACGGUUUAUUCUUAUGCACCACCAAAGACACUAGGCUUGUUGUCUGGAACCCUUAUCUGGGACAGACAAGGUGGAUCGAACCCAGAACUUCUUACCACAGAUGGGACAGGUAUGCUCUCGGACACGAGAAGAAGAAAAGGCACAAAGUCUUGAGAUUUGUGAAUGACUACGACCCGAGUGUGAAGCACAGAGUUUGCGAGUUUGAGAUCUUCAGUUUAGACUCUAAUUCAUGGAGGGUCAUUGAUGAUGAUUUGACUCCGGACUGUACUGUUUCUUUUCUUCACCGUGGUUUGUCUCUGAAGGGCAACACUUACUGGUACGCUCAAGAGAAGCUCGAUUUAAACGGUCCACCAGAGAUUAAAGAGCUCCCUGAUUUCCUCCUCUGUUUUGAUUUUACAACGGAGAGGUUUGGUCCGCGUCUUCCUCUGCCUUUCAACGCUUUCUUCGGAGACAUUGUGACUCUUUCUAGUGUUGGAGAAGAGCAGCUUGCGGUGCUAUUGCAGAGAUGCACGUCACCUGCAUUCACUGUCAAUAUAUGGAUUACUAGUAAGAUUGAGCCCAAUGCAGUCUCGUGGAGAAACGUGUUCUUAUCUGUUGAUAUGAAACCACUCAUUGGUACUCUGUUUUCGAUGUUCGGUGGGAGUUUCUUCGUUGACGAGGAGAAGAAGGUGGCUGUGGUUCUUGAUAAAGACCGUGCUAAAUCUUUCCCCCCCACACGCAACAUUGCUUGCAUCAUUGGAAACAAUGGAUACUUUAAACAAGUGGAUCUUGGUGAAUCUAUAGGCAAAUGGUGUUACUCAAUUGUGUGCCCGUAUGUUCCAAGCUCGUUGCAAAUCACUAGGCAACUAGAGGAACACACACCCUAAUCCAUUAAAUUUGUAUUCUCUUGUUUAUUUACUCUAGGUCUCA